GAGAAUGGAGGAUAGGCCUACAUGUAGCCUGUCUCUCCUCUGCUUCUUGCACAUGUUGCUGCAGCUCCCCGAGUGUUUAGUGCAGAAACUGGGGACCAAACACGGUGUCCUUUAGUGACCUCACAUCCUGUUUUCCCCACUUCCUUCUGAAUGGACCGGUUUGGGACGGUCCGGUGUCAGCGCAGCGUAGAUCUGUGUUGUGUGGGCGCGUGUCUUCAGACACACGUGAAGAUCCACAGUGUUGCACGGCUGCAGAGAGCACGCGGGCAAACUGGUAACGCAACGCUGCAGUCACCUAACUGACUAUGUAAGGUGUCAUGCAUUGAUAGAGAAGCGGAGAGGCAUCGCUGUUGCACUUCUGACAGAAUGAAGACAAGAGAGGGGAAGAUUAUAAACCAGGGUCUGGAGGAUGAGAUGGAGGUGUGGGGUUACCAGCCCUGUCUGUGGAAGAUGAUCCUGGUGGGUGUAGGUGCUGUGUGCUCUGGGGGUCUCCUGCUGCUCCUACUCUACUGGCUGCCUGAGUGGGGCGUCAAGGGCACCUGCACACACACCUCGCUGAGGGAGGCACACACACUGCUGCUUAGGACUAGGGAUGAGUUCAGGCAGUGGUUUCGAGCCAAAGUACAUGUGAUGUCGGCGCCGGGGAUGAAACCCUUUGACAGCUUGGAUCUGCAGUCCAUGGCUCAGCCGCCAAAUGGAGACCAGGGCAUCAGUGCUGCGCACAAGGAGCAUCAUGGGAAAUUUGCCCAGAGACAGCCCGCUCAGAUUCUCUACUUCACCCACCACAGCACCAAAUACUACUGGAACGAUGUCAUACAGAACUUUGAAUUUUAUAAAGGCUUGGAGGAUGUGAAGGUGAGCUGUGCAAGCAUCCACUCUGAACACAGCUCUGGGCUUUCUAAAACACUGCAGGACUACAGGAGGUUUUUUUUCGGCGAGAAUGAGAUUGCUGUAAGAGUGCCGUCUCUAUUCAAGCUCCUCAUAAAGGAAGUUUUGAAUCCUUUCUACAUCUUCCAGCUCUUCAGUGUCAUUCUGUGGAGCGCGGAAGACUACUACUAUUACGCUUCAGCCAUAGUGUUCAUGUCUGUGAUUUCAAUAGCUACCUCACUGUAUACCAUUAAAAAGCAAUAUGUGAUGCUGCACGACAUGGUGGCAGCACACAGCGUGGUCCGUGUUUCAGUGUGCAGAGGAAAUAAAGAUAUUGAGCAGGCCAUGUCAACAGAUCUUGUGCCCGGUGAUGUCAUCAUUAUUCCAGCAAAUGGGAUGAUCAUGCCCUGUGACGCCGUGCUCAUCAACGGGGCCUGCAUCGUGAAUGAGAGCAUGCUGACAGGAGAGAGCGUGCCAGUUACCAAGACAAGUCUGCCCAGUGCAGGCGAGGACGCGGCUGGGAGCUACGAUGUUGAGGAGCACAAGAGACACACCCUGUUCUGUGGAACCCGUGUCAUCCAGACCCGCUUCUAUGCUGGAGAACUUGUGGAGGCUGUUGUGGUCCGAACAGGCUUCAGUACAGAGAAAGGCCAACUCGUGCGCUCCAUCCUCCAUCCUAAACCCACAGACUUCAAGCUGUACCGAGAUGCUUACCUGUUCUUGUUGUGUCUGGUGGGCGUGGCAGGGAUCGGCUUCAUCUACACUAUCGUCCUCAGCAUCAUGAACAAGGUUCCAGCUAAAACCAUCAUCAUUGAAUCUCUGGACAUCAUCACCAUCACUGUGCCCCCAGCCCUACCCGCAGCCAUGACAGCUGGUAUUGUGUACGCGCAGCGUCGUCUGAAGCGCGUCGGCAUCUUUUGCAUCAGUCCUCAGAGGAUCAACAUGUGUGGUCAACUGAACGUGGUUUGCUUUGACAAGACUGGUACCCUGACUGAAGAUGGUUUGGACCUGUGGGGUGUUCAGAGAGCUGAAGAUGGCAGCUUUUCUCCCCCUGAGUCUGAUGCAGCUAAUGAAACCCUGGUGAACAAUGUGUUUGUGGCCUGCAUGGCUACCUGCCACUCACUCACCAAGAUAGAGGGCGAGCUCUCCGGAGACCCUUUAGAUCUCAAAAUGUUCAACGCGACAGGCUGGAUCCUAGAGGAGCCCAUGGAGAAGGAGACUGCGCUCCACAAUCCCAUAAUGCCCACAGUUGUGCGACCUCCAAAGCACUUCUUCCCUGAAGCCAAUCAGAACAAUCCACUAACUCAGAACAUGUCCUGUGAGAUUGGUAUCAUGCGUCAGUUCCCCUUCUCCUCAGCCCUGCAGAGGAUGAGUGUGGUGGGCAGGAGGCUGGGGGAGAAACGCAUGAACGCUUUCUUGAAAGGAGCACCGGAGGUUGUGGCCAGCCUCUGCAAACAGCACACAGUCCCACAGAACUUCACAGAGACUCUGGAGACCUACACCAGGCAGGGCUUCAGGGUUAUUGCCCUGGCACAUCGACAGCUGGAGUCCAAACUCUCCUGGCACAAAGUCCAGAACCUCAGCAGGGACCUGAUAGAAACCAACAUGGAGUUCCUCGGUUUGGUCAUCAUGCAGAACAAAAUAAAAGAGGAGACUGCCAGGGUUUUACAGGAACUACACCAAGCUAACAUCCGCACUGUGAUGGUCACGGGUGACAACAUGUUGACGGCGAUAUCGGUGGCUCGGGAUUGCGGGAUGGUCCGCUCACAUGAGAGGGUCAUUAUUGCAGAUGCGGCGCCUCCUAAGGAUUCCCACCCUGCUAGUAUCACAUGGCAUUACACUGAAAACCCUGCUCAGACCGACAAGGACAGUCAGACUGUGGAGAUUAACCUGGAGGACGGGUUAUAUGACAAGCACAUGACUCAGCAGGAGCAGACCUAUCACUUUGCUGUGAGUGGCAGAGCCUUCGCUGUUAUCACCGAGCACUUCCCUCAACUCGUCCAAAAGCUCGUGCUGAGAGCCACAGUGUUUGCCCGCAUGGCUCCAGACCAGAAGACUCAGCUGGUGGAGGUCCUGCAGGGCAUCGACUACACUGUCGGGAUGUGUGGUGACGGUGCAAAUGACUGUGGAGCUUUGAAGAGAGCUCACAGUGGGAUCUCGCUGUCUGAGCUGGAGGCUUCUGUUGCUUCACCCUUCACCUCCUCCACCUCCAACAUCUCCUGCGUCCCCAACCUCAUCAGGGAGGGCCGAGCUGCCCUCAUCACAUCAUUCUGCGUGUUCAAGUUCAUGGCUCUGUACAGCAUCAUCCAGUACCUCAGUGUCACCCUGCUGUACUGGAUUCUCAGCAAUUUGGGAGACUUCCAGUUCCUCUUCAUUGACAUCGCCAUCAUUCUCAUCAUCGCCUUCACAAUGAGUCUGAACCCUGCAUGGAAGGAACUGGUGUGGCGCCGCCCUCCGUCCAGUCUGAUCUCUGGCCCGUUGCUCUGGUCAGUUCUGACCCAGAUCCUCACCUGCCUGGUCUUCCAGGUUCUGGCUUUCCUCUUAGUACGACAGCAGAGCUGGUAUGAGAUAUGGACGCCUCAGUCAGAUGCCUGUAACGUGUCCAGCUCCAGAACCUCUCACAGCGUGAAUGUAACCACCCCCCACGACCACAAAAACAUCAGGAACUACGAGAACACCACCCUCUUCUACGUCUCCUCCUUUCAGUACUUGGCUGUGGCCAUCGUUUUCUCCAAGGGGAAGCCCUUCAGACAACCGAGCUACAAGAACUGGCCGUUCAUGCUGUCCUGCAUCAGCCUGUAUACUUUCCUCCUCUUCAUCAUGCUGUAUCCUGUUCCUGCCAUAGACAGCUUCCUGGAGAUCGUGUGUGUUCCCCAUGACUGGCGCAUUACACUGGUCAUCAUUGUCAUAGUGAAUGCGGCUGUGUCUUUCAUGCUGGAGAUUUUGAUCCUUGACAUCAUCAUGUGGAGGCUAGUUUUCAGAUGCAAUCAGGGGGUAAAUCGCCCCACAGAACCGCCCUCUGCUGACACGCCUCAGGAGACCAAUGACCGCUGGGGCACACCCUUCCUCUCCUGGCUGUUCUGUCGAAAAAACAAGCCCCCAAAGGUGCGUUACAUGCACCUGGCCCUGAAGCUGCAGGAGGAUGGUGACUGGCCCCCCAGACCCUCCACUGUCACCUACGCCAGUGAUUCACAAUCCCACAUCUCUGCCCCCCUCUGACACCGACGUGACCAACAAGCAAACUACUGCACAGACUUAACCUAAAACCCCCAACAAGCCUUCAUGUUGACGUAGCUUGAGUUGAGCUCAGAGGUGUGAUCGAUGCUCAGAUGUGUUUGGGACGUGGAGCCUGCUGGACACCAGUGAUCAAUCCAGGAGCCUCAUUAAGGUGAGGCCUCCUGCUGCAAUGUCCGACUUGACAAACAUAAAGACAUGAAAACAUAAAGUUCCAUUUAGAUUCAUCUCAUCAGAAUGGACAAACACUUUGCACCUUUUUUAGCCGUAUUGUGCUGUCACACUGCUGAAACUUGAGCCAGAGGCCUCUGUUAAAGACAUUUUGGGAAAUAUGGUACAUUUAUUUGCUUGAGUGAUACCACUGGCAGUUACAGGCUCUGUUUACACCUGGUAUUAACAUAUGUCUUGGAUGAUUGGAUUGUUAGUGGCCAGCUAAAAGUACAGGUAGGAAUGCGUCUUUAAUGGGUCUUGAAAUGUCAUUGGUCAGAAUACAUUCGGAGUUGGUCUGGCCACAUUCUUUCAGCACUUUCAGGACACUAAUGUGAUGAUUGAAUAACUUUCUUUGCGAUUGAAGUAAUCUUUUGCAUUGCUAGAUGGGGCAGUGAUGGGAAUAUAAGAGCCAUCUAUCGGUCCUCAACAUUGGGGGAACUCCAUCUCACCUUGAAGCCAUCCACAAGCUCCCAUAGUCUGUCUCCUUGAGGCAAACUAAUAAAUUGCUGCUGAAGCGUGUGUACAGGCUGAGACACACCAAACUGACUUCAGAGAACUAGCAUCAACGAAAUCCCCCUGCUGCCUCACGUCGUCUCUGUCUCGGCCAAAAGUUGCACAUUUACACGCCACAAAGACUUCAGCUGAUGGCCAACCAGCAUGUAUGUUCUGUGCUUUCAUGAGAGGAUAUAACUCUCCACACCAGCAGACGCCAGUCAUCUGUAGUCGUCAUAUGAAAAGGGAAAACGAAAGACCGUCAUGACGCUGGUUAGCCAGUUAGCACAUUAACAACGCAAUCCAGUGUUGAAAGGACAAAGCAUAUUUACUGUGCACCUCUUGACUUUAGCUCUUUGUUUACUUUCCUCACUUCCAUUUCUCUACAUGUGCGCUGAGGUGAACUGCCAAUCAGAGUGAUUUCAUUCACCGACGGGCUCCGCAAUAGCCGACGCCAAUUCAACUUGCUGAAUCAGCAAAAAUAUUAUAUAUCAACUAGGGGUGUAACGGUACACAAAAAUCUCGGUUCGGUACGUACCUCGGUACACAAGUCACGGUUCGUUUUUUUUCGGUACAGUAAUGAAAAAAAUAGACAACUAUUAAAUAUCUUUUACUUAUUGGUAACCUUAUUAAAACAUACCACCACAGCAGUUAACUCUUUUUACACAAUUUUUGAAUCAAACAAAUAUAUAUAAAAUCCUGCUUUUUCACAUUGUUUGAAUGAAAAUAGAAAUAUUAAAGUGAAAAAUAAAAUCCUGCUGUUUUUUUAACACAUUUUUUGAAUGAAAAAUAUAAACAGUUUUACUCAAUUAAAAUUAAAAGUAUAGUGCAGCUGGUCAGCUUUAAAUCGUGCUCAGAUUCACUUUUACUAGGAACUUACUUAGCUUUCCCACUUUGUUAAAGUGCAGUAAACAAAACAUGCUUAUAUCUAAAGUGCAGCUUAAACAAUUUUACUCAUCUCCAAUGGCGUUGGUUAUUUCUUUAGCACAAUGGUCAGGGAAACGCUCUUUCUUUUUAAACGACGAUGAUAUCGUAGUUUGCACCAGAUUGCUUUUUCUAGUCGUGCCGGUUAACGUUCAAACUCGGGUGGUGUCGCUUUAGAUGUGUUAGCAUGUUAGACAAGUUUCCAAGUACAUACCCGACCGCUGUUCUGCAGUGUCGGCACACUGCUUUUGUUUUGUCCACUUGUUUAUUUCCAUCUUCGUAUUUUACCCUGAAACCAAAGUGUUCCCAAAUGGAGGACUUAAGGUUUGCGGGUGGGUCUUCAGGUUCGUCAGACUCACUUGCCAUGUUGUCAAAGUGCGAGAACGCGCUGCACAAAGUGAAAGCGGAGAUUUACGGUUGGACUCGGUCCGUCACUCAAUUAUGUCCGUUGGGGAACUAGAUAUUUUAAAUGGUUCGGCUCGCAAAAACGCAAUUAAAAUAAAACAAAAUAAAAUAAAAUAAUAUCCUGCGCCCAAUAGUUCGGUACAGGGUCGUGCUGAACCGAAAGUCACGUACUGAAUGGUUCGACACAAAUACAUGUACUGUUACGGCCCUAAUAUCAACAUAAUAUUAUAAUAUAUCAAGGGUCACAGAUGCUCACCGAUGGCCCAACAUUGACCGACGGCCGACCAUCAACUUGGUGUGUCAGGACCUUUAAGCAUGAUAAACUUCCUGCCAGCUAAAAACAACAAUGCAUUUCGUCUUUGCAAAUGGAAAUGAUUUAGAUGCUUGUUUGAAUAUGGAGCGAUAAAGUGAGAUUUGAUCACAAUUGGUCAGUUGAGACGCAUGUGGAAGUGCAUUCUGACACCAAGCCUAAAUAGACAUAGAGCUGUCCACUUGUGAUCGCAUCACUCAAGACACAUGUUAAUACCAGAUGUUAACAGGGCCACAGGCUAGCUUAGUUUAGCUUAGCACAAAUGACAAAACAGCCAGCAUUGCUCUUUUUUUAAAGGUAAAGUUUUUCUAAAGAUCAAUAAUCACCACAUUUUGUCUUAUUUGGUUCAUCCCAUACUUAAACCAAAGUGUAAGAACAACAUGUUGAGGUUUUACAGGUGGUAAAGUCUCUGCUGGUUGCCUGGCAACCUUGCACUGAUGACCAGGCUCCAGGUUAGCUGUUAAGCUGUGCCAAGCUAAGCUAACCAACUGCUGCUUUUCUUCCAACUUUCAGACUUGAAAACACAUCAAGAUGUUUCCCAAAAUCUUAAACUAUUCCUUUAUGAUGAAUGGAUGUCUUACUAACUACAUUAUACUAAAGGUAUAUGAGUGUCAGAUGAGUCUUUGCAUUGUUUUAAACAGGUUUUAGCUGACCCAUUAUUUUUUGUCUCAAUCUGACAGAUCAGAUACAUCGAACAGAUCCGGUAUUAAAGGGAUAGUUCAGAUCUUGUAAAGUGGGGUUAUAUGAGGUACUUAUCCAUAGUCAGUGUAUUACCUGCAGUAGAAGUCAGUCUGCAUGCCCACAGUUUGGAGAAGCAGGCUGGAGUAUAAUAGCUAAGCAGUGUACUGCUGUGGAUGGGGCGAUGUGUAUUUUAGCCACCUAAAAAAAAAAAUCAAUGUGAGUGUACACUAUAUUUAGAAAUUUUCCCUACUUAAACCUUGCUGUUAGAGAACCCCUCUUUGCAGGUCAGCUGGUCAGGUCAGAAAGUUCCGCAAUCAGACAGAAACAAAACUCAAAAAUGGUGUGUGCUUUUGAUUUUUGAUUUAAAUGGACUGCACUUGUAUAACGCUUUCCUAGUCUUUCGACCACUCAAAGAGCUUUUUAACAGAACAUGUCACAUUCACCCAUUCACCCAUUCACACACAGGCGCUGCCACUCAGUAACCAUUCACACUCACUCACACUCCGAAAGAACAGCCACCGGGAGCACUUUGAGGUUCAGUAACUUGCCCAAGGAUACUUUGACAUGUGGACUGGAGGAGCCAUAGACUGAGCCACUGAUUUUCCAAUUAGUUGACGACCCACUCUACCUCUGAGCCAAAGUCGCUGGAACAAAGUAAUGCAAACAGUUUUCAUAAACCACCUGACCUGCAGCAUAACGCAGUACAUGGCACAGUUGCACAAGGUUUAGAAAACAUAGUCCCGAAGGACAGGGGUUUUCUGACAGCAAGGUAAAGUGGUAAAAAUAUUCUUGAUAUAGUGUCCACUUACACGUUUUUUUUAAGUGGCUAAAAUCUGUUUUGCUGUGUGGUGCUACUCCUGUUCAGUUCUCCAAAUUGGAGCAUGCCGACCACCAUUUACUGUAUGUAAUACACUGACUAUGGAUAAGUACCUCAUGCAGCUCCACUUCAGAAAUCCUAACUACCCCUUUAAGCCGCUGUUUUGCUCAGUCAGGUCCAUUUAAGACCUAAAAUCACCGGACGAAUCUUUCUUCUUCACUGUGAAUAAACACAUUCAGUCUUCCACUAACAUUUGCUGCUGCUAAAAUCUAAAAGUUGCAAAACAGCAUUAGGUCACAUGGAUUCAAAGAAACACGGGGGACUUGUGUCUUUUGCAAUUUUAUGAACAUAACUGGUACUAUUGAAUUUCUAAGGCAGAAAAUAUUCUACUGCUGCAUUUCUGUCUGAGAGUCGCUUCAGUUGAAAUUCUUCCUGUGGAAUAGAGAAGGAGAAAUUCCCUGCAGUGUCCCUUUUUAAAAAAUGUUUUUACUGUCGGUGUGUGUGUGUUUGCAUCGUUAAAUCUUUAUGUUCGUUUUCCCAAGUAGGACUGCCUUUAUAAAUUAAAUGUUUGUGAGGAAAAAUAACAUUUAACAUCACUAAGAUAAUGUUUUAAUUGAUUAAUUAAUUAAAACAAUUGAAUUGAAACAAAUCAAUGAAACAUUUGUGACAAUUUUAUAACAGUUGAUUUUAACUUUUGAUUUUUAUAUAUUUUAAACUGUUUACAGCUGUUGUAUACAUAUUUUUCUAGCUAAGGUUAAAAAUGAAAUAAAUCUGAAAACCUAUGAGAAUUAGUUGCCUAA